CUUUUGCGAAUGCACACUCUGGUUUAUGUGUGUAUAAGAUUUGAAUGCUCAACAUAGUUAUAAAUCGAAACGGCCACGUGGCCCAAUGGCAAGGCGUUUGACUACGAUUAUUAAGCUGAUUUAUGUGGGCACACUGCCACGCCACGAACCUUCCAACCCCUUUUCAGUCUUUCCGUCAAGAGCGAACGAGCCGCUCACUUCAGCGCAGCGUGGCCACGGAUAGAACAAGAACACGGCUGCAUGUGGAACAAGACCGCUCGGUAUCACAGGCUUAAGAGAACAGGAUGUCUUUCGCUAUGGUUCUAGUCAGUUCCUCCCUUAUCUGCUUUCUGUGGUACAAUCUAAUGAUUCCUCGCUUCCGUCAUUGUUUGUUAGAUACAUGGAGCAUCAUGUAGUGUUUGUUUUCUAUGGCAAGCCAAGUGACUGUGGCGCGGUAUAGCAUGUGGCGGUGCGGCGGUCUAAACAGCGUCAAGCUCCCUUCCCGCCUUCACCUUCACCUUGAACCUUCCUUGCUCCCUCUUCUUCCAGGCGAAUCGUCUUCUCUUCACUCAAGCCGAACCUCAUUACCCAGCUUCAUCGACAUUAUGAGCGGCUCAGCCAAUAGUGACGUGGAUAGCAUUCUCCACUGGAUUCGCCAGCUGGAUCCCGCGGACCCGGUCUUCAAGAUUCUCACGCUGGUAAUCAAGAACGCCGUCCCCGGCACCGAACACCUUCCUCUUCAAGCCUUCACGAGCGCGGGAUCGGGCAACGGCGCUGCCUCCACUGAGGAGCUCAUCCAUGAACGCUCCAAUUCCCAAGGCCAAGGAGACGUGAACAACGCUGACAGCACUGCCGAACGAGCGUCGACAGGACCCGGCACGAGGGUCACCGUCGACUUCAAGGAGCUCUCGGAGACCAAUGACCCGUUUCAGAAGAUAGCUAACGCCAUUGUGGUCAUGCUCCCGUGCAUCGGCCAGAUGUUCCGGACAGCUUCCAUCCCCGUAUACAGUGAUGCCUCCGCCGUCCAUCUCGAGCAUGCGAAAUACAAACUUCAAUACAUGGUUUCCGAGAUCGCGGGACUGUAUAAUGAGCUGCUCGCGACGGACAGGGUCCAACUCUACUUCAUUCCGUCCCCGUACAUGCCAGAGUGGACUCCGUCGACCCGGGCCAUCGUCAAGAGCUCUGAGCUGCUCGGCUCGCUCGGGACCAUCGAAGUUGUGCCGCUGGAUCCGCAUGCCUGGGCGCGGUCGCUGGAAGACAAGGUUGCGCAAACCCCUAAUACGGACCUGGAGGACGAGGAUAUCCCCGGCCUCAUCCAAGCGCUCCAGCAACGCGGAUACGUCGUUUCGCGUCCCAUUGGAGGCCACGGUGAACAAGAAGAUAUCAUCACAUCCUGAGCCGCUCAUCUUUGACCAUGCGCAUCAUUUGCCACUCCCAACUUGUGGGGAAGCAUGGGUAUGGGUGAUACGGCUUUGGACAGUGGGAAUUUCCCUUCUGCUCAGAUUCGAGUCGUCC